CAGUUUCAUGGGAACAUAUUUUUGUUAUCAUUGCUGUAAAUUGAAAUUAUAAUUCCCUAGUUGUGAUGUUAACUCAAGCCAGAGCCUUCUCUACAGAAGCGUUGAAGGUUGUGAAUAAUGUUGCUAAGCAACGUUUUGAAGUAGCGAUUCCCAACGCUGCAGCUACAUUAACUUAUACAAAGAACGAUAAGCAGAUAAUACUACAUCACACUGAGGUACCAAAACAGUUUCAAGGAAAAGGCGUUGGAAAACUGUUGGCUAAGCAUGCAUUUUCUUAUAUAUUAGAAAACAAUAUGGAUGUAAUUUGUAAAUGUCAUUUCCUUGCAAAGUAUUAUGAAGAUAAUAUAGACAUAUAUAGAAGUUUGAAUGUACAGUUAGAUUUGGAAUAAACAUAAUGGAUACUGAAUGGUUUAGGGCUAACACACUUUAUUAUAUAAGAGAAAAAUGUUAUGGUAAAGCUGAAAAAAUAUCAUUGGAAGCAUCAUCUAAAGUAACAGAAGAUUCAGAAUUUUUAUUUUAUAAUGGACUAUGUAAUAUAUUGGAAGGACAAAUAUACAAAGGAAUUGAUAAGUUGACUCCCCUUCAAUCAGACAAGGAAUUAGAAUUGGCUGUAGUGUUGACACUUAUUUAUAGCUAUAAAUCUCUUAAGAGCUAUGAUACCGAGGUUUUAUUUAAUUUGGAGACCAAACUCAAAGAUUGUAAGAAGCAUGCAACUGCUAUAUCAUUUUAUUAUGCGGGGCUAUUUCUAUUCCUAGUUGAAAACCAUGAAAAGAGUUCUGAAUAUAUAAACAAAGCGCUAAGAAAGGAUCCUAAUAAUUUAAACAUAAUAACAUUAAGGGGUUGGAAUGAUAUGCAUAUGUCCGUAGGAAAUUUGAAAAGCUCUAUAUUAGAUUGCUUUGAAUUAGCUUUACAAAAGAGUGAUAAAAAUGUUGAAGCACUCAUUGGUUUGGCUAAAUUUAAAUACCUUACUAAGAAUUAUGAUGCAUCUAAUUUGACUUUAGAUAAACUUAUUGUUAACAAUCCCGGUCAAGUGGUACCGCUUGUUGAGAAAAUGAGAAAUGAAUUUGCUGCACAGAAGUGGGAUGUUGUGUAUGAUACAAUCGAAAGGGUUUUCUCUAUAGAUCCUGUUAAUAUUGAAGCUUUGAAGAUAAAAAUUUUUAUUUCACUCUGUAAAAAUGCUGACUAUAUUGAGGCAGUUGACGAACUAAACAAGUUCUUUUCUAUUCUUGAGGCUGAAGAGGCUACUAACGGUUAUCAGUUCUAUACCACGGCCCAGUUGUUUUCAAAAUUAUGUGGAAGAUCAAGCGCUGUACUGUCACAGGCAUAUAGAUUUGCUCAAUAUGCAUCAGAAUUACAACCGAGUAAUGUUGAUUACUUAAGUGAAGUCGGCUACCAAUGUAUCUUGCAGGGGAAAUACAAAGAUGCCUUAAACUUUUUCAGAGCAGCAAGCAAAGUUGAUAGCAAUUCCAUCACUGCUUUAUGCGGACUUACUUUAUGUCAAAUGUAUGAUAACGGCACCACCAGUCAGAUAGCAGAACAAGUUGAACUCCUAUAUGAAAUGCAGGGUACUGAAAAAUUUACAGUUUUAUAUUUACUAUCAGCACAAUUAAAUAGCAAGAAUGCAGAGAAAUUUUUAUACAAUGCCAUUGAAACGCAAAUCUCGCAGGCAGAAUGUUAUCCAUACAGUAUGGUGUAUCUAAAGAAACUGGAUCCAGAUUUCUUGUUACAAGUAUACAAAGAACUCAAAAAACUUCUGCCAAAGAAGCCAUUUAUUGUUGUUGGUCAUCUCCUUUAUUCUCAAGAUGGCAACAACACUUUAGUGGCAAAUUGUUUCAAACUGUUGACAGCAAUUACAAAUUCAUGUCCCGGUUUGAUACCUGCUUUGUAUGAAUUGGCGAAAUUGAAGUUCCUAUUUGGUUACUCCAACGAGGCAAAGGCAUUUGCCCAACAAAUCAUCGAUCUUGACAACACACACGCCGGUAGCCAAGUGCUAUUGGCCCAAAUAUACGUCCAACAAAGCAAUUUUAAUAAAGCCCUACAGAGUUUGGAAAUGUGUUUGAGUUACAACUUUAAAAUUCGUGACAGUGCAAUGUAUCACUUUCUGAAUGGCGUCAUAAUCAAAAAUAUGAAUCAAAUUCAGGACGCUCUCGCUAGUUUUAAUACAAGCUUGCAGAUAGCCAAUAAUAAGAAUAAUAUAACAAGGCAGUAUGAUUCGGAUCUCAAUAUAAUUGAUAAGGCUACAUUAUUCUUUCUGAUAAUAGAACUACAGACGUCUUUGGGACAAUUUGCGGAGGCUGGGAAAACUAUGCAAGAAGCAAUACAAGAAAUAUCUUACACGUCGGAGGAAAGUCGUUUACAAAUAGCUCGCGCAGACUUGGCAUUAAGCAAUGGAGAUGUCGACAACGCUAUAGAAAUCCUCAACGAAGUAAAACCGGGACAGAAGUAUUACUUCCAAGCUCACAGCAAAAUGGCGCAUAUCUACCUAAAAGAGAAGCAAGAUAAGGCCAUGUUCACAUCGUGUUUUAAAGAUAUAGUGAACAAUCAUCCUAUGGUAGACGCUCAUACGAUGAUGGGAGAUGCAUUCAUGUCCAUACACGAACCAAAUCAAGCGGCUGCAUCAUAUGAUGUAGCGCUUAAAGGGAAUCCGAAAGACAUUCGGUUAAUAAAGAAAAUGGGUACAGCGCUGUUGAAGAUGCAUGAAUAUGAUAAACUUACACAACACUAUGAGAACGCUAUCAGAACCUUGAACGAUGAUGAACUGAGAUUUGAAUAUCUGGAACUACUUAUAAAGCUCAAACAGUACGACAAGGUCGACACAACGAUCUCAUCAGAACUAAACCAACAUUAUAACAAGGAAAAAGACAUCAAUACAUUGAGACGACGCGUUAGAUUGCUUCUAAUACAAGCGAGGAGUAGGGAAAUGAAAAAUCCAACAGCCGGGAACACCAACCUGAUACUGGCUGAAGCCAGAGACCUACAAAUAUCGGUAUUGAAAAGAGUUGAAAUAGAUUCGAGGGCAGAUAUAGAAGAAGAAAAGAAAAUGCUUUCGUCCAUCCUCUGUUUACUGGCGAAAGCGAGAUCUGCGAAGGAACCAGCCGUGGCAACGAACUUAUACUCGGAGGCUUUGAUAUAUUCACCGCGGGACCCUGAUACACUAUUGGCGUUGGCGAAGUUAUACGCACAGAUGAACAAUCCCGAGCGCUGUGAACAAACUUGCACGUUGCUAUUGAACGCCGAUCCUAACAACGAGGCAGCGGCAGUCAUGAUGGCGGACCUCGCGUUCCGUAAGGCUGAUCUGGAAACGGCUCAGCGCCAUCUAAGCCAGAUAUUAUCAGUGAGGCCGUUGAGUUUCGAUGCUUUGUCACAACUCAUUGAGGUGCAAUGGCGCAGAGGAAUGCUAACAGCCGUCGAGUCAGCUAUAGAGGACGCGAGGAGAGAACUCUCUGGAAAGGAAGAUCCUGGGUUCUCGUAUUGCUGUGGUGUGUUCAGUUCCUACAACGGCGCCGUGAACCAGGCUCUUCGUCAAUUGAACGUGUCGCGGCGUUCUCGCUGGUCGACUCUCGCCGCUAGACGGAUGAUACUGCUGUGUAUGGAACAAGCCACUGAGACAGACGGACAGAAUGCCGACUCUGAUACACAUCUGCUAGCUCUUCGAACAGCGGAGAAGCUUUUGAACGAAGUGUCGUCAUCCGAGCGCAGGUCCCUAUCAGCGUUAUUACAGUUAGCAACGAGGCAAAAGUCACAAGCGGAGAGAGUUUUGCAGGAACUCCUACCGUUAGCGACCGAAGACAUUCACCAAGAUGACCCAUACCUUAUAUUGGCCAUUGCUAAUGCGUAUAACAUUGUAAAACAACCAACUCGAGCAAAGAACAUUCUGAAGAGAACUAUAUCUUCCAUUCCCUGGACGCCUGAGAGAGCGGAUGGCUUGGAGAGAUGUUGGUUGGAGGUGGUAGAUAACCAGAUAAGUUCAGGGAGAAUGGAUGCCGCAAAAGAGAUUUUAACAAAAAUUCUCAAUCACAACAAAUCCUGUGCUCAGGCUUAUCAAUAUUUAGGUUUCUUAGCAGAAAAGGAACAAAAUUACAAGAGCUCGGCCGUCAACUAUGACAACGCUUGGAAAUAUACAGGAAAAAAUGACCUGGCCGUUGGAUACAAACUAGCGUACGCCUACCUCAAGCUAAAGAAAUACCCUGAAUGUAUAGUCGUGUGUAGACAUAUAUUAAAAGUUCACCCAGACUACCCCAAGAUAAAAAAAGAAAUUCUAGAAAAAGCUAAGACCAAUUUGAGAACGUGAAUGCUCCCCGAUAUAUUUGUCCUUAGAUAUGUAAAAUUUAUGAUGUUAUUUUAUUUUUUAUUUCGUUUAUUUAGAUGGAUAGAACUGCUUAUAGAUUUUUCUAGAAUAAAUUCAAUAUAUAUGCAAUUAAAAUACAGUUAA